AUGGGGCUCCCGAAUAUAGCGAACAUGUGUUCGCACCUGCAGAACGCGGCCCGCGCGAAGCUCGGCCUGACCAGCGUCCCCCACACCAAGUACAACGUGCGCCUGGCGUUGGCGAUGCAGCGAGCUGGCUUCCUCUCCUUCGUCACGCGCGGGACCAAGCAGCCGCCCGACCCGGCCACCGUGGGCGCAUACGAGCCCCCGCCGGUAACGACGAAGAACGUGGCGAAUCAACGCCUAUGGCUCGGGCUCAAGUACAACCCCGACACCGGCGAGCCCGUGCUCGGCACCAUGAUGCCCAUCACCAAGUCCAAGCGGCCCGUCACCAUCCAGCUACCUGCCAUCAACCGCAUUGCCCGCGGCUUCGAUUCCCACCCCCAUCGCGGCCUCAGCAUUGGCGAGGCCAUCAUGAUCAACACCUCACUCGGCACCCUCGAGGUCCGCGAGGCCAGCAAGCGCGGGGUCGGCGGCCUUAUGCUGUGCCGCAUCGGCCCCCCGAAGCUUACCCGUCUCGGCCUAUAG